CAUCCUCUUUGCCUCUUCUCUUAGAUCAUUCUCAACCUCUUCCUCUCUCUCUCUCUCUCUCUCUCUCUCUCUCUGCCGCCUUUGGAUCUUCUUCCUCUAAGGUCAACAAAGAAGGAGGUCCCAAGGUAGCUAUAAUCGAGAUGGCACCAGUUUCAUUUCCUCCAGGUUUCAGGUUCCACCCUACAGAUGAAGAGCUUGUUGCGUACUAUCUCAAAAGAAAGAUCAAUGGCCGAAAGAUUGAGUUAGAGAUUAUCCCUGAAGUUGAUCUUUACAAGUGUGAACCAUGGGACUUGCCAGGAAAAUCUCUGCUACCAGGGAAAGACUUGGAGUGGUAUUUCUUCAGUCCUCGAGACAGAAAAUAUCCGAACGGGUCGAGAACGAACAGAGCGACGAGAUGUGGGUAUUGGAAGGCCACGGGGAAGGAUAGGAAAGUGAAUUCUCAGAGUCGUGCAGUGGGGAUGAAGAAAACCCUAGUUUAUUAUCGAGGAAGGGCCCCACAUGGCUCUCGCACUGGUUGGGUCAUGCACGAGUAUCGUCUUCACGAGCGUGAAUGUCAACCUGCUUCUUCUCGCAUGCAGGAGGCAUAUUCUCUAUGUCGUGUGUUCAAGAAGAGCGCAGUGAUAAGCCCAAAGAUAGAAGAAAAGCAGUAUCAGCAUCAUCAUUAUCAUCAUCAGCAGCAGCAGCAGAUGGCGAGUGAUCAGACGUCGUCCAGCAUUAACAAUGACCUUUACUCUGAAGGAAGAGGCGAAGAUCACUUGGAGAGCUCCAACGAUUACUUGAUGAUGCCCCUUGAUCAUCAUUCAUCACCAUCCUACAUGCACCACCCAAAUGUCUUCCAUAAUAAUCAUGUCAAUUAUUCUUGUGGAAUCACUCAACAUCAUGUGAAUAAUCCUAGCUGGUCACACUUGAUGUCAGAUGAUGAUCCCUUGUUAAGCCUUCCACCAACUUCUUCAUUUCGCAAUUAUGAAGCCGUCUCCUAUCCUCCCUCCAAGGUGGACAUAGCUUUAGAGCGUGCAAGGAUGCAGCACAGGUUCAGUAUGCCCCCAUUGGAGGUGGAGGACUUCCCUCAAGUUGGGAUUCCUGAACUGAACAUGCCACAACCAUCUGAUCAUUCUGGUGCCAUAAUUCAUGGAAGCACAACUACUGAAACAACAACAGAUAUUUUGCAGGAGAUUCUAUCAGUAGCUCAUGCUUCUCAGGAACUCAUUAAUCAGACCUCAAACUAUAAUCCACCCACCACAUGGGGUGGCGGUGGCAGCGGAAACUAUGCUCCUCAUGAAGAAGAUGACGACGACUUCACCUUCAUGGUGGGAAGAGGAAGUGAUGAUCAGAACUAUAGCUACAACCACCAGGUGAGUGACUUGAGUUCCAUGAUCAGAGGCAUUAAUAGUGAGACUACUACUACAUGGGAAGAUCAGAACACAGUUAGGUCAAUAGAGAUUGCAGAUCUGGCUGAUGAGUUCAAGGCAGAGAGGAUGGUCGAGAACUUGAGAUGGGUUGGAAUGUCAAGCAAAAGUAUGGAGAAGAGCUUUCCAGAAGAUCAAAAGGCUGUUCCUAUUGAGGAUAUUACAAAUUUCCAAAUAAACAAGGAAGAAAAUGGGGUGCAAGAGUCUGUGCAGCACGAAAGCAACAACAUCAAUGACUUCUCAUUGGGAUUCCUUAAUUAUGAUGAACCAAAUGAGAACUUCAUUGAUGAAGGUACCCCCAUGGAUGAUUAUUCAAGCUCUCCAAGCUGCUUUGAGAUGGUUGAGGAAGUAAAAGUCAGCCAUGGAAUGUUUGUGGCAACUCACCAAGCAGCCAAGACAUUCUUUCACCAGAUAGUUCCUUCACAAACCCUCAAGGUUCAUCUGAACCCAGUAAUGGCAAACAACACUAAUCUUUCAGCAGAAAAUGAAGAAACAGCAGCACAGACACAAACAUUGAGAAUGGAGAAACAAGGGUCCUUUUUCACAAAACUGGAAGACCAUGUGAUAGGAAAGCUAAUAAUGAAGCCUUCAAAGACUGCUAGUGCCAUUAUGUUCAUCUUUGCAUUUCUCUUGAUGUAUUUUGCUUCUUAUUUUGGGGAGCAUUCACAAAUCUGGAACCUAGAUCCUCAAAAUGAAGAUGUCAAAGAGAAAUGUUGCUCUUGUGCAAGGAGCAAGAAGAAAUUCUCAAGGAAUGAGAAAGAAAGGAUUUGGUUUGUUGGUAUAAAAAGUGGAAGAGGGUUAAGUGUGGUGUUGAAGAAGGUAGGGAUUUUCCUUACAAUUUCUUUGGCACUUUGCACAAUGUGGGCUAACCACGUCACAGUUGAUUAACCCUCUAAAUUGACCAUUUGUUUUGUUAAAUCGUAGAAGGUUUAAUUCCCUAGGUUUCUCCCAAUUAAAAUAGCUUGGAGGCUGAUGGAUCCCAAUAUGUACUUGUACUUUACUUUGACAUACUUUCUUUGAUUAAGUUGCUUGUACUCUCCACUUAUAUAGCAUAACUUACCUUUACUUUUUUU